AUGCGUAGGAUUUGGAUGGCUGGGAUUCUCUUUCAAGAUACCCGGGGUGUGUCCAAACCAGGGGGUCCUGUCGAUAGCAAUAGAAGGGAAAAAACUAGACUUGAAUAUCGAAACUCACUCGACAACGAUUCAUUUGCAAUACCGAUCUGCCUUCUUCUUCACUCAGUCAUCGAGCGCGUCCUCAACGAGCGAGCAAAAGGUGGGAGGCUGACCUUCAAGGGCGAAGCCCUAGCGUCCCGCAGCAAGUCCAUCGACAAGAAGCAAAAGAAGAAGCGCAAGCAGAAGCUCAAGGAUGCCGCCGCCGCUGAGGACAGCGAGAUCGAGCAGCAGCGGGUGGAGGACGGCGACGGCGACGCUGCGGCGGCGGCGGCGGGCCAGGACAUUUACCCCAUCGACGCGGCAAAGAAGAUGAAGUACGAGGAGCUGUUCCCCAUGGAGGCGAGGUAGUUCCGCUACGACCCCAAGUUCAAGGCCAAGACCGUCGAGGACGCACUUGAUGACCGAGUGAAGAAGAAGGCGGAUCGGCACUGCAAAUGAAUCAC